AAGAAGUUAUAGUCCUUGUCUUGGCUGGUGUGUGUCUUGACUUGUUUUCCUAUUCUUACAGGCUCGUUGUAGCAAACGAUGCCGACUGCAUCCCAGGGCAACACAGACGGACAUGGCCCUCCUGGUCGGCCUAUCAUGUCGUCAGGUUGGCUUCAUGAUCCGAGUGGCAGUCCUAGCCACCAGAAAGCCCAAGGAGUAAGGAAGGAACCACCGGUACCCGUGCCAAGGGUCACCCACCCUAAAGGGAAUGCUCCUUUGCUGUCCGUGGGUGGGGAGUGGGCACUGAAGGAUUGUGAGGAACACACAACUUGGGUGAAUGAACUUCUCAAACAACAGGAUCACCGUCCAUUAGAAGAUCUGAGGCGAGGGUGCAGUGAUGGUGUAACACUUGUAACUAUCACAGAGCUAUUAUGUAAUGAGCGGCCCUCUGGAAUCCAUGGUCUCCCAGUCCUCAAGUCACAUAAGAUACAGAAUGUUGUACAAUGUUUGAAUCUGCUCGAGUCGAGAGGGGUGGAGACAGAGGCUAUCAAAGCAGAAGAACUGGUGGAAGGCAAUCUCAAGUCCACCCUUUUACUAAUGAAGAACAUCAGAGACAAGUUUGAUUCUCGGCCCACUGGGGUUGUAUUCAGUGGUCAGCAGUCCUCCACAAGCAGCUACAGCCCACAAUCAAGUACACCUUCAAAUUGGACAGAAAAACCUAAAGCUAUGCCUGGGUCGGAGUUCAUCAACGGUGGGUUAGAGAUGUUACCCGGCAUAAUGGGUGGGAAAGAAGAAACCGUUAGUCAAGUCAAGAAUCCGGCACCUAAAAUGUCCACAACAGAGAUGGAUGCCCAUGGAGUUCUUCAGCAUCAACAUAUGCAUCCUCCAGGACACAGUCCAGACUCGUCAUAUGUGUCAAAGUCUACUCCUCUGAGAGGAGGGGGUCAGACACCCCUAGGCUUCAGUGCAAGUCCACUUUCAUUGCCAAACACAAUGACCGUGGAAGAGAAACUGAAAUCUCUCCUGACGAACCAUAACAAUGCAACCUAUGAUGAUGGGGAGCUGCUCCUGCCUCCCCAACCAAAAGAUCGCUUCGCAUCCUUCGAAGAUGACGUGUUUGAGAAUAGCGCUUUCUGUCCAGAUAUGUCUCCAGAUAUAACAGUCAAGACUGCUGGCCCGAGCAGGGAGAAUCCCCCAGCUGGCUAUGUGCCAUCCAAACCCGGUGAGAGGCAAUAUGGACCCAGAGGUGAAGUGAUCUUAGACCGACAUCACAGACCUCCUCCACCAUACCGUCCAAGAAAUAAACCACCAAACCAGUCACCUCCAAGGCAACAACAGACUCCAGGUUCACCAAAUCGCAGAAAAACUCCUGAACUACGCGAUGCCUGCAAUAGAAUGUAUGGUACACCUCAGGGGGGACCACCAGGCCAUUUGCCUCAGAGACAACCCCCACCAUACAAGCUGCCACCUGAUACCAACAGAAUGCGCCAUCCCACAGUACCACCAAGGAAUACGCCCAUGGGACUGACUUCAAAUAGUCACGGGGCACCCCAACAACAAAGUUUUAACAAUCACAAACCGGCUGUUGCUCCUAGAGGACCACCGCAAAAGAUUUAUGCCAUCCCGAACAAUAAAGCACUUGGGAAGGAAACUUCUUUGAAUCGGGAAAUGAUGGGGAGGGAUAUUUCACCAAAUCAUCAAGGGGUGUGGAACGAUGUCUCCCCAAAACGAGAUGGCGUGCGCCAAGACGUUUCUCCAAAUCGAGAUGUAACCUCAAAUAACAAAAGGAAUGGUGAAGAUGUAGGAUCGCGACCUGUUUCUAUCUCUUAUGUUGAGAGGCAUGAAGGACAGGAUCAGUUGAAUACUCGGGUUAUGUUCGAUUUGAACCAGGAAAAUAAAUCUACGGAUUGGUUUGGUGGUGGUGAUAAAGGACCUGGGCCGCCUCGGGGACUGGGAGAUUAUGGUCACCUUCGGGAAGGUGAUGCAGAACGUCCAGUUGAUGCAGAGUACAUUGAAAUCACAAUGGAAUCGAGUGGUGCUAGGAAUGAGAGGGGGGAUAGGAGUCCAGACAGGAGGAGCCCUCGGGCCAAUUCUGGGCAGUUACAAAUGGCCCAAGUGACUCGUAGUGAAUCUAAUAAAAUAGAAAAUAGGAACUGGCCUCCUGAUGACACAAGAUGUAUGUCAGGUAAACCAAAAGGUGCAAUAUGCCAGGAGUCGUUAAGGAUUCCGAACAUUGAUAUGACUCGUAAUGACAUGGCUGAGCAUAGGGAAUUGGAGACGUCUUUUCUGGCUCAGAGUAAUGUGGUUGGUGAAGGAGAUAUGGGGAAGAGGGAUUCAGAGGCGGGUUAUACUGUUGGUACUAUUCAUGAGAGACAAGUGAGCGCUGGCCAUCCACAUGAGGCUGUAAGUGGAUCGGAUCUACACAAGGCUACUAGACACUCUGAUCAAAAUGAUCUUUGGACUAGAGAUGAAAUAGAUAUGGUCGCUAUGCACAAUUUAAGUAUGGAAUUAGUGAAAAAGGACAGUAAUUUUGAUGAGAUGAAUCGUCAGCACCACAGCGCUUCAGAACUUGAUCAUAUUCGUAAUUCUGUGGAUGGGCAGCAGCAUUAUCCUCCUGGUCUCAGACACGAUUGGUCAGUUGACAAUAGGGGUCCACAAGAUGGACGUCAGCUUGACAAUGAAGCGUCAAGAGGUGCUUACUUUCCCAGCAAUCAAAUGAAUUCUGGUAACUUUCAACACAGUAAUGGACAGAAUGUGCUCCAGCAUGGCAGUGUGCCUCUUCAUGGUCAAGGUCGUGUUCCAUAUCAGGACCGUCCACCUUUCUUACGGCUCGAACAACGGACAUCAUUUGACGGCAGCUCUUCUCUCAGUUCGGAUAACUUGCCAAAAUUAGGAGAUCCAUUUCAGGAUAUUGUGUUCGACAAUGGUUUGCCCAACAUCAGAGAUUUUGAAUUCUCUGGAAGUGAGUUCUCUUCGCGGUCUGUGACCCCACCCCUGCCUCCAUUAUCCCCUUCCAAUACUCCACCAACAACUCCACCUCUUCUCCCCUCGUCUCGGACAGGCUUCGGUCCUCCGAGGACGAAACUAUUAUCGCCGCGUCAGAAUACUCCAUCCUCAAGGUUCCCGCAAGGAGCUAGAAAAACUCCUGAUCUUUUGUCGAACAUGGAGAAAUUCCCUGAGGAAGUUUUCAUCGAUGGUCCUGGUGUUUCAAAUCAUAUUAGUAUUACGCCCCCUGGAUCUCCUCACGGGAAGUAUAAAGUGUAUACAAAUCCUUAUACGCCUGGAAGAGUUUCAUUGCCAUCUCCAAAACAACGCCGGAAAAAGAGGGUGUCAAAAUCAGGAAAGAAAUCUCCCGGGCAUCACGUGUCUUUUGAUAUAGAUGGCAGCACUGAUGACACGUAUGAUAAAGAUGACUCGUCGGGCUCCACUGAUCAUAUAACCGGUCUGAGUAACAUCACUCCCGCUCACUUGCCCAACGGCAAUAACCAGGAAAUCUCGCUAAUUCGGAAGCAGUUGGACGGGUUGGAGACAAUGUAUCAAGAGAUCCUAAAGAUUCUUGGCGUCGAGAAAGAUUACCUGCCCCCUGGGCCUGAUGGCAAGGGGAAGCCGAGGGGGAAGCACAGGAGGCCUCCGACGAGUAAGGAGAUAAAAAAUAUAAGCAAGCGAUUUGCUCGACUGGAGUCACAUGUGGUAACCCUCGCCAGGAGUGUGGCCCACCUCUCAUCAGAGAUGCGCUCGCAAAACGUGAUAUUCCAGGACCUUGAGGCCCUGAAGCUGGAGGUGAAGGCAUUGAAAGAACACAGGAGUCCUGGGAGUUAUCAUGGUGCUAACGAGUGGGAGAGGUUAAGGGGCUGGGUGCCAUCUCUCACCAAUCCUAAACGGGUGGAUAAAUUAAAAAGAUUUUUUGGCCAGGAACCACCACUUUUGAGAUUGUUUCUGAAGCAGUUGGGUUAUGAAAAAUAUGCAACCAACUUUGACGCAGAGCAUAUCGGGAUGGUUGAACUACCGUAUAUGACUGAAGAGCGGCUUCAGAGCAUCGGGAUACCUAUGGGACCUCGACUGAGGAUCCUGCAGGAGGCACAUCUCUGCUUUCAACAGGAAAACUUCAACAUUUAUAUUGUAUAAGAGUAGAAUCGCUGUGGGACUAUGAAAUUUGAAAAGUUAUGUAAUCUACCUGCAGCUUGUUCCAUAUAAACUGAGGUGUGAUGGACCCAAUAUCCUGUUACAAUGAGCACAAAGAAUCCUGUGGAAGCGUAACCAUCAAGAAGACAUCAAUACUGUGCCGUUUAUAAGAGUACAGAUCUUGAUGAACUCGAACAAUCUAAUCUCAAGUGCUUUCCAUCUUUCUUUGGUACCAUCUGAAAUUUCUGAAAAUAUACAUUUUUGCAUCCGGUUAGCGGGCGGAAAUACUUAGGCUCCAAGCAGGUCAUAAUGUUUUGCUCUCCAUCGCCGAUCUGCUGUAAUGUUGUCAAUUCGUCCAGAACUAUGUCCAUCCUCUCUAUCAUGAAAAAAUGCUUUUAAUUUAUACUUGCCAAGAAUUCGUCCGAGUUUUGUGUACAGUUAUCUGGAUGGGUCUUUAUCUUGUGGUUUAAAAAUGAACAUGUUUAUACCAGCUAAAUCUUCCUAAGACUGAACUGCUUCUUCAAGAUUUUACCACUCGAUGUCGGAGAUUUAAUUUGGUUUCAAUAUGUCAUUGCACAAUGGAAUUCAAUCUCAGAAUGUUAUGAAAAUUUAGUUUCUUACAUUAUGUAUGGGAAUUUGAUAUUGUUAGUGUUUUACAUAUCGUACUUAAUAUUUAUGAUUUCAUAUCUUGCAUAAGUUAUUAAGAAUAAAUCUCAGUGGAUGUGUUGAUCCAUUGAUUUGUUUAA